AUGGUCGACGCUCGCACAGCCACCGUAGGUACGGAGAUGUACCACAGUCUUCGUCGAAACCAAAAUAAUUCAGCGGUGGUGGAUGUUGGAUCGAAUAAAUCCGUGUCGUGCGGGGAUGUUCUGCAAUCAUCAGCUAAAUUGGCUAUGUGGUUGCGUGGUAACGGUUGCCAAAUCAACCAAGUUGUAGCAGUUUGCAGCGACAACAGGGUGGAUUACUUCAAUCCAAUCCUGGCCUGUCUCUUCGAAGGAUUUAUCGCCACACCAAUCAACAGCCAAUACUCGCAAAUUGAAUUGGUGCAUUCGUUGAGAUUGGUGCGACCGACGAUCGUGUUCUGCGCGAAAGAGUUCUACCCGAAACUGUUAACUUUGCAUUUAGCCACGCGCAUUCCCUUCGUCAAGAAAAUCAUCCUUCUGGAAACUGUAGAUCAAUUGGUAGCAGAAAUGGAUAUUUCUAAUUACAAACCUAGGAGUUUCAACGGACAGGAGCAAAUCGCAGCAUACCUUUUCUCUUCGGGAACCACCGGUCCCGCCAAGGCUUCCAUCCUCACGCACGCCAACAUCUUAAGUCAUCUGGAAUCUUGCGAAAGCGAUUUGAGCACAGUGGACGCGAUGGCCUACAGCUCUUCUAUGGGUUUGCUGAGCAGCUUGGGAAUGCUGUUCAACGGAAAAACUCUUCUUUGCCAGAAAACGUUUGAGCCGGAAACUUACUUGAGGGCCAUUUCUCAGUACAGAUGCAACUCGUUGAUUGUCACGCCGAAGAUGGUGACGACUCUGAUCAAUACCAACGGAGAUAACUUUGAUUUGAGUUCACUGAAGGUGAUCGUGAACACAGGCAGAGGUCUUUCCAAGGAAAUGCACGUUGCGCUUCAAAAUAAGUUCAGGGUGGGACAGAUCCUCAAUUUUUACCAUCUGACUGAGUGCACGAAAGUGCUGACGGCGGCGGGAAAGCCGCGACAAGGUGUUUCGCUGAAGAUCAGAGAUGCGGCGACCGGACAGACCUUGGGACCGAACAAGAUCGGCGAGCUCUGCGUGAAGAGCGAAGGCACCAUGAGGGAAUACUUUGAUAAUGAGAACUCUACCAGAGAGGUUUUCUGCAAGGACGGUUGGUUGUUGACCGGGGAUUUGGCCUACUGCGAUCAGGAAGGCAACGUGGCCAUCGUUGAUCGUCUGAUGGAGCUGAUCCGCUUCAGGGAUCAGCUGAUCGCUCCGAUGGAACUGGAAUCCAUCCUCCUCAGGCAUCCGAAGAUUCGCGAUGCUGUUGUCGUGGGAAUGCCGUGCAACACGGACGGGGAACGUCCGCUCGCGUUCAUCGUGAAGAAGGAUGAGGUGGAUAUGAUCGAAGCUGAGGUCGAGAUGUACAUUGACGGUCAAGUGUCAGCGGCGAAAAGACUGAGCGGUGGCAUCAAAUUCAUCGAUAAGAUUCGGCGAGAUGCCAAGGGUAAAGUACUCAGGAACGAGAUGAAGGCUAUUGCAUUGAGGCACAAGAUGUACUGCAAUCUGAGAAUUAAAAUGGAGAUUUUGAUGGGACCUGAAGACGUUAGCGGGAUACCAAGAAACGUGUCCAUGGGUAAAAUCAUUUUGGAUAGACUCAAACGAUUCGGAGAUAAAAUAUGUUUUGAGAAUUUGGAAACAGAAGAUGAGUUACGCUGCAAUCAAGUUUUAGAGAAAUCUGUGAAAUUCGGUAAAGCCCUCCGUGAUUACGGAUUAAAAAAGGACGAUGUUAUGAUGAUGAUAAGCGAUAGCUGUUUUGAACUUUGCAUCCCGUUGUUGGCAUGCCUCUACAACGGAUUUAUUUUCGUGGCUUUGAAUCCAGACUACACCGAAUAUGAAUUAUCAAAAUACAUAGAGCUGACAAAACCGAAGGUGGUUUUCACCACCGCAUCGGUGCUUAGCAAGAUGAAGAAGCUGGAAAUACCGGAGAUCAAGAGUAUGGAUGAUAUCAAGGAAAUGAUUGAGCGUAGAACGGAUUGUGAUGUAAUUGGUUACGAGCCGGAGGAUUUGGAUGAUAAUCAAACUGCUGUUAUAUAUUUCUCUUCGGGGACUACUGGGCCACCGAAAGGUGUCCAAUUGACGCACCGGAAUUUGAGGAUGUGCGCCGUGCAGACUGGAGCAAAUUAUUUCAACGCCAAUGUAUCGGACGUGAUGCUUUUCAAUCUGCCGUGCUUCAAUGUCAUCUUCCUGUUUCCGUUGUGCGCGGCUGUGGUGCAUGGCGCUAGAGUCCUUCUGCUCUCCAAACUGAAACCGGAAGUCUUCCUCUCAACUAUAGAACGUACAAAACCGACCAAGAUGAUCUUCGUGCCGCUUUUGGUUAACUUCGUGAUUAAAUCCCCUCUUACCGAGAAAUACGAUCUGUCCUCGCUGAAGCACGUCUUCUGCGGAUCGGCCCCAAUUCAUAAGAACACUGUGGAUCUGUUCAUGCGCAAGUUUCCUGACUGCGUGUUCCACCAGAUUUAUGGAGCGACGGAGACGUCGGUCGCAAUCCUCUUCAACGAUAUGCUCGAUGGAAAAACCGCUUCGGUUGGUAGAUUGAUGGCCAAUAAUCAGGCGAAAGUCGUGGAUAUGGGAUCCGGGAAAAUCUUGGGUCCGGGAGCUAUUGGUGAGCUCUGCUUCAAGGGUGAAUCCAUCACGAAGGGGUACUAUUUGAAUGAAGCAGCUGAUCUACAGAAUUUUGAUGCUGAUGGUUUUCUGCAUACCGGCGAUGUUGGCUACUACGACCAAGAUCGAUUCUUCUACAUAGUGGAUCGCAUCAAGGACAUCAUUAAAUAUAAAUCUUAUCAGGUUUCACCGUCUGAGAUCGAGUCUGUCCUGCUGCUACACGAGUGCGUAAAAGAGGCGGCCGUGGUCGGGAUACCGGAUGAAAGAAGCGGAGAACUUCCUGCUGCGUUUGUCGUGAAGAACAAGGACAUCGACGAGCAGGAUUUGAUUGACUUCGUCGCAGAUCAUUUGAGCAAUUACAAGCAUCUGCAUGGAGGGAUGCGCUUUGUGAAGGAAAUCCAGAAAAACGCUUUGGGAAAGAUCGAUCGAAAAGUUCUGAGAGACAUCUUCAAAAAAUAAUCCAAUUUUACACACAUUUUAGAUACUAAUAAUCUAAAUCAGUGGUUCUCUACCAAUAGACAGUGAUCAAAUAUUAGGUUGAAUUAAUGGGUGACAGUAGCUGUCACCUUGUGUCAAAGCGAUUCGGUACAUUCUUUUUUUAAAUUUAUGUUAAACCGAUUGGCUCGCAAUGCCAAGUAUAAACAAUCGCGCGGUGCAUAAACAGUUGAUCUAGAUAAUUUCCGUACUCAAAAUUUCGAUCAUCACUGAAUGCUCCAAAAAAAACAGUCAAAUCUUUAAUGCCGGAAAUGUCAAUGAUAAAUAAGGCAUCACGCAUAUCCUAUCAACCAAUAAAUUUGAAUAGAAUAAAAACAAAGAACUAUUAUAUUUUUCCUUUGCAAACGACUGGGAAUUGUUUUGCGAUCACUUUAUUUUUUUCUUAUCGUAAACUUGAUUUUUUGCGUGCUUGCGUCUAUGCAAUU